AGAUGAGCAUUUGGCUCUACUUUAGAGGUGCUUGAAUUUGGACUCGUGUUUGGAACUCCAAUGGCUGACGCACCUGCCAUGUUGAUCUUCGAGGUUCCCCUGGCAGAAGUUCAAAAAGGGGAAUCGGAGAGCAGUUCCAUGGAACUUGUCCUGCGGAUUGGUCAUUCGGAAGUCAGACUUCUUCGACCCAAAGAGGAGAAGUUGGAUGUCCAAGCGAUGUCAGAAAAUGAAGGCCUCUUCAUUGCAGGUUCUUCGAGCUGGUUCGAGAAUUUCUGAAGACAUUCAGGGAACGCAGGCAUGGAAAGAUGCGGCGCUGGUGCAAGUCACCAUGGACGAUGGAACGCUCGAUGUACCUGUCUUUUGGAACCCUGCAGUCUGUGUCACUUGCAGAGUUUCUUCCACCUCGCCAAUGGUCUCAGUGCCUCUAAGUGCAAUAACAUAUCUCUCGCGUUGCUCAAGAGGGGACUGUAUUUGGUUAUGGCAACGUGAUGAAGCUGGGAGUGGACGCACGCGGCGCUGGAAGACAGUUGGUCAUGGAGCUUUGUAUACUCCGAGUGCAGCUGACGAAGGCUGCUUUUUGAGAGUGGGUUGCACUCCACCGUCACUUGCAGGCACCGUGUUCAGUAAUGUCAGCAACGCUGUUUCAGCACCGCCAUUUGACGACUGGCGCUGGCGCUCAUUUUCUGCGCCUCCAUCUGGAGAUAUCCGCAUUGCGACCUACAAUGUCCUGGCGGAUGCCUUUGCAUCCACCAAGCAGGCAAAGAAGGAGGUGUUCCACUAUUGCACGGCGGCUGUUUUGGCUCCGGGACCUCGAAGACAAAGGAUCUAUCGCGACCUCUUGAAGAUAGAUGCAGAUAUUUUCGGCUUGCAAGAAGUAGAUACAGGUCAACUGGCUGUAUUGAAACCGAUGGAAGAGCUUGGCUGGGAGCGUUCUUAUCUUAAGAAGGGUGGCGCCAGCCUUGACGGCUGCGCCUUGUUUUGGCGCAGCUCCCGCUUCAGGUGCGAGGAUCAGCUGCAGUGGUCUUUGAGUGGCAAGCUUCCUGGCCUGAAAGAAUCUGAGCUGCAAAUUAUGGCAGAGCACCCCACACAGCGCCUGCUCAACAAGAUGACCAGCGUAGCGCAAGCAGUGCUUCUGCGGGAUUUGCAGAAUGGCCGGUUGUUAUUGGUGGCCAACACCCACUUGUACUAUCAUCCCAAGGGCAAUCACAUUCGUUUGCUGCAACUGUAUAGCCUCUUGAAGGUUUUAGCUGAAACUGUGACAAAACAUGAGUCGGAACAAGGCGAGGCAGUGUCGCUGGUUGUGCUGGGCGAUCUCAAUGCCCGCAAAGGCAAUUUCGGACCGCGAGACCAGGGACAACCCCCGCAAGCAGCCUACCGCAUGAUCCGUGAUGGCUUCAUCAAUUCAGAUGAUACAGACUGGAGGCAUUCUCUUUGGAGUCAAGAAGAUGAAGCUGACACAACUCAUUCCACUCCGGAUGUCAAUGGAGGCUACAGUCGCUCUUUGACUUGCCCUGCAGAGAAUCUGGGGGUUGAGGCCUUGAGGAUGGAUCUAAAGCUUCCGUGGCCUCUGAUUGAUCCGAGCCUGAGCAGAUUGGCAAGGCCUUUGUCAUUUUGGAACUUGAAAAAGCAUUCCGUGUAGGCUUGUCCUCAUCAUCCCUGGGAAAAAGUAAAAAAAGGACUCUCCACACUUCAUUCGACUCAUUUAUCAUAGUAAUGUCCUAUGCUCAUGACAGCUGGUGUAUCAGCAAUUUCUACUCCCUCAAGCUCUUGAUGCUGCGCUUCCAAACAAUGUUACUCCAAUUCGGGCAUCAUUUUGUUCUCGCAAAUUUCUUAUUCUGACCCCAUUGAAAGUCUUUGCUGUGUGGAGAGGAGCAGUCCAGUUGCCAAACGGUGGCAUGUCCAAGGAAUGACCAUCUGGAAGUCACAAACUUCACCGCAGAUUUUCAGGAGUGCUUGGACUACACGCUGCUCGAUGCCCGUUGCCUCAAAGCCACUCGCACCUUUGAGGCACCGCCCCUGGAGUGCUUGCGGCGACACACGGCUCUACCCUCCGACGAUUUCCCGUCGGACCACCUCCCCGUGGUCGUGGAGAUCACCUACCUGGAGAAGAUGGUGGUGGACAGAUGACGUUGGCGCCGGAUCGGCUAGAUCUCUGAGUUGAAAAGGUUCGAGACCUCCACAGAAGUCUCCGGAGACUUCUCCGAAGUUUAGAGAAUGUAGCUGCAAGACACUGUCGAGCUACAUUCUUGCGAUGGAUGUUUUCGGGCUGUGGAUUCCGACUCUUUUCCUUUUGUUCUGUAUGGUUCUGUUAUGUUUUGUUGAAUUUCCUCCAAUUUGGGGAACUGCCAUAACCAUGGCAUGUCAAAGACCGUCACUUUGACACGAGGCUAGCCGACCAACAUCGACCAACAACCUGUGAGCAGAUUGCUGUUGUGGCCUGGAUGUUUCCGACAUGGAAGCCUUUGUCAGACUGACCCUGGUGGGCACUGAGAUAAUCAGGACGCCCCCACUCCAAAAGACUUUGCAAUUUGCAAGUGGACGGCAGGAAAGACAUUUUUAGACCUGCAAGGCAGGCACAGAGGUGUAGAGAGGCGCAGAGAGGCGCAGAGGCCAUCCCGUGCACAGCUUCUACUUGGUGUUGGGGCCAAGGGUCUACGACCUACGAUAUCCUACAAUCAAAUUGACUCAAUUGAUUGUCUAUUGAAGACAAGAACUGCCGAAGGCAGACAGCCUAGAGAGGAGCGUCUCAGCAAUCAUUUGCCUGCCUGAGAGGUCGAAGAAACGAUGCGACUGUUGUCCCAUUGUUUUAGUUCUGUUGAACAUACACUGUGAGAUUUUGAGCCUUUUCCAAGAAGCACUUGGACGUUUUGGACCAUGUUCUGUGCUUGG